AUGAAAGGGGUCAUGAGAUUUGGUAAAAAGGGAAAGUUGAGUCUAUGCUACAUAGGGCCAUAUAAGAUUAUUCGAAGAGUUGGCCAAGUUGCAUAUGAGUUAGAGCUACCUCAGGAGCUUUCAGUAGUUCAUUCGGUGUUUCAUAUCUCAAUGCUUCGGAAGUGCGUAGGUGACCCAUCCUAUAUCACUCCUAUUGAAGAUGUACAAGUUACAGGGGAUCUCACUUAUGAAGAAGUACCUAUUGCUAUUCUGGAUCGUCAGGUUAAAAAACUAAGGAAUAAAGAAAUGGCUUUAGUAAAGGUGCUUUGGAGAAACCAACAAGUAGAAGAAGUAACGUGGGAAACUGAGGAAGCGAUGAAAUCCAAGUACCCUUAUUUAUUUGAACCUAAAGGGGAAGUCCAAGGUGCAGAAUGGGGGAAUUAA